AUGGCGUCGAUGCGGGAGAGCGACACGGGCCUGUGGCUGCACAACAAGCUGGGGGCCACGGACGAGCUGUGGGCGCCGCCCAGCAUCGCGUCCCUGCUCACGACCGCCGUCAUCGACAACAUCCGCCUGUGCUUCCACGGCCUCUCGUCGGCCGUGAAGCUGAAGCUGCUGCUGGGGACCUUACACCUCCCGCGCCGCACCGUGGACGAGAUGAAGGGCGUGCUCCUGGAGAUCAUCCAGCUGGCGGCGCUGGACACGGACCCCUGGGUGCUCAUGGUUGCCGGCAUCCUCAAGUCCUUCCCCGACACCGGCUCGCUCAACCUGGACCUGGAGGAGCAGAGCCCCAACGUGCAGGACAUCCUGGGGGAGCUCCGAGAGAAGGUGAGCGAGUGCGAGGCGUCGGCCAUGCUCCCGCUCGAGUGCCAGUACCUCAACAAGAACGCGCUGACCACGCUGGCCGGGCCGCUCACGCCCCCCGUGAAGCACUUCCAGCUGAAGCGCAAGCCCAAGAGUGCCACGCUGCGGGCCGAGCUGCUGCAGAAGUCCACCGAGACGGCCCAGCAGCUGAAGCGGAGCGCGGGGGUGCCGUUCCACACCAAGGGCCGGGGGCUGCUGCGCAAAAUGGACACCACGACGCCCCUCAAGGGCAUCCCCAAACAGGCGCCCUUCCGCAGCCCGCCGGCGCCCAGCGUCUUCAGCCCCACCGGGAACCGCACCCCGAUCCCGCCGUCCCGGACGCCCCUGAGGAAAGAGAGGGGCGUGAAGCUGUUGGACAUUUCUGAGCUGGACAUGGUGGGCGCUGGCCGAGAGGCGAAGCGGCGAAGGAAGACUCUGGCAGAUGCAGAGGCGGCAGACAAGCCGGCCAAGGAGGAGACGGUCGUGGAGAACGCCACCCCGGACUACGCGGCCGGCCUGGUGUCCACUCAGAAACUGGGGUCCCUGAGCAGCAGCGAGGCUGCGUUGCCCUCCACCAGCUACCUGCCCUCCACCCCCAGCGUGGUGCCCGCAUCUUCCUACGGGGCCAGCGCCGAGGCCCCCGCAGCCCCGUCCUCCCGGGAAGCCAGUCUGCAGGCCGGCCCCCCGUCCGAGGAGCCCGGCACCCCGAGCCCCACGCUGGCGGCGCCCUUCAAACAGAGGGCCCCCCUGUACAACAGCGGCCUGAGCCCCAGCACCGCCACGCCGGCGCCGCCCCCCGCAGCCCCCUCGUCCCCGCUGACGCCCAGCACGCCCCCAGCCGCCGGCCCGCUGCCCACGGUGGCCAUGGUGGCACAGCCACAGCCGCCUGCCCAGCAGCCCAAGAAGAAACUGUUGCUGACGAAUGAGCAGAUGCUGGCCGCCCAGGAGAUGUUCAAGACGGCCAACAAGGUCACGCGGCCCGAGAAGGCGCUCAUCCUGCGCUUCAUGGCGGGCUCCCGAGAGAACCCGUGCCAGGAGCAGGGCGACGUGGUCCAGAUCAAGCUGAGCGAGCACACGGAGGACCUGCCCAAGGCCGACGGCCAGGGCACCACCACCAUGCUGGUGGACACGGUGUUCGAGAUGAACUACGCCACGGGCCAGUGGACGCGCUUCAAGAAGUACAAGCCCAUGGGCCACGCGUCCUGAGGCGCCCGCGUGGAAUAAAGGAAGCAGAAAAGC